AUGUCGCUCGAACGAUUCGAGUCCCCAGAGCCGAUGUCCGAGGCAGGUUCUUUACGAGAAGAAGCCAUGCAAUACCACAACGAACAAAGGCAAAUCGCCUCUGCUGGAAAGCUUCCGAAUGGCACCAGCACAUCCAGGAAACGAGGCUUUGGGACAGUGGAGCCCACGCCUGCCACUCCAGCAAAAAGACAACAAACAGGGUUCAUUGACGGCCCGCACACACGAAAAGACCAGUUGACUAAGGGGCAGCAGCUACUCAGGGCAGCCAACUUAUACGAGAAGCGAUACGACUACAAAGAUUGCCCGAUAGAUCAGGGUGAGAUUCGUCUCAUGUUACUUAAACGGAAUCCCAACCGAUUUGCAGAAGUCAUUAUCGAGUUGAAGUCAUUCCCAAUCCAAGAGAUCGUGGAAAACCCCGAGGAUUUCAAGUUCACAGCUCUUUCAUACAACUGGGGCACCGGAGACCAGAACAAGAUCGUUCUCGUCGAUAUGCUUCAGGAUAACGAGCCGCCAAGUGUACCGGUAAUGCACGACUUUUCAGAAGUCGCGACUCAGUUCAACCGAAAAAUGAAGCGAUUAAGCGUGAAACCAAAUUUAUACGCUUUUCUCCAGGAAUUCCGACAGCCGGACAAAGAGGUGGCCAUCUGGGUAGAUCGUAUUUGCAUCAAUCAAAAAGACAACAAGGAGAAGCAGGACCAGGUCGCGAUCAUGGGUCAAAUAUACUCAACCGCAGCCAAUGUCGCCAUUUGGCUAGGCCCAGCAGACGAGCACGGCAAGACUGACAGAGCAAUGGACUUCAUCAGCUUCAUACUUCAAGACGACACGGGUGAGAAGUUCAAAGAAAGGUACGCGACAAAUUGGUCGGAGCUUCUGCAUCUCAUGCGGCGUCGAUGGUUCUCUCGGCGAUGGAUCAUUCAAGAACUUGCUUUAGCAAAGAGUGCCGAGGUGCGCUGCGGCUCAAAGAAGGUCAAUUGGAGGGACUUUUCAGAUGCUGUUAGCAUUUUCGCACUCCGAUUCGACAGCAUCCUCAAAGACAUCAAGCGAGACCCGAAAUUAGAGAAGUCGCUGGAAGGAAUUAAGGAUAUGAAGCCACUUGGUGCCCGGAUCUUGGUCGACGUUCUAUCCAACACAUUCCAACGACAGGUCGACGGAAAUAUAUAUGCUCCCCGGCAAGGACUCGAGAGUCUGAUCUCAUCAUUGUCUACAUUCGAAACGUCCGAUCCUAGAGACACUAUAUACACGCUCCUCAACCUUGCCAAGGAGACAUGUAAACUGCCAUCAAGCAACAGUGUGCAACAACGUCGACAAAGCAUGCAAGAGGGAAACCCUCCGCCCGAACCAGACUACAGCAUUGACUUGCUCCAAGUGUACACUAACUAUCGGAUUAGAAGUCUAAUUCGACCGCGGCAUACAGCCGACUGCGCAGGGGCCAAUUAG